AGACAGAGACAGAGACAGAGACAGAGACAAGACAAACUAGCAAAGACAGAACAAGACAGAGACAUAGACCAGAGACAGAGAAGAGAUGAGAGAGAGAGAAAGAAGAGUAGAGAGAGAGAGAGGAGAGAG